AUGCUGCUUCUUGGAAUAGAACUGAAGUCGCCCUCUGCCUUUUUUGCUGGUGAUGUGCAGUUUUGGAAUGGCUUAUCACUGGUGACCGAAAUCGACCACAUGGCGAUCGCUCUCAUGAAACCAGAGAUGCAGAAGCUGUCCCCAGAGCCGAUACUGAUAAGCUCUCCUGUAAUGAUCAAGUGCAAUGCUGGCCACAUACCACUAGAGCACCGGGAUGUGGCUUCUCGGGGACCAGCUCUACGGCGAGAUUUUCAAGGCCAUAUCGGAGUUAUGGUGCAAGAUGAGUUUGAAUGUACACGACAAGUAACAACACCUUUUCGACUACAUCAUCUUACUACGAAUGGUUAA